AUGACGCCAUCCUUCGCCUCCCUCAGCUCCCAGCUGCUGCACUGCGCCGCCGCGCUCUGCGGGUGCUUUGGGCGGCUGAUGUCUAGCAAGCCUCCGGACUACGAGAAGCUGAAGGGUGAGGACUUUGACUUCGAUGGUGCGCGGGAGUCCCUGAACGACUUCCUGGCGGAGGACGAGGAAGACCACCCUCCUCCCUCAUACGCCAGGGCUGAGCGGGAAGAGCCCAGAGUCGUGAUAGGCGCCGCCGCGCGCGCAGCGCAGAACCAGGCGGUGCCACGUCUGGCCCCUCCGGGCGCUCAGAUCUUCGACAUGGCCAGCACAGACGAGGACUUGCUGUAA